UGUUCGUUGUCAAGGAAACACGUAAAUAGUUAUUCAUCGUUUGAGUGAGCAAUGCAUUAUUUACUGUAAUUGUUCCGAAAUGGCAGAAAAAGUUGUAUCAUACCCGACUACACUUGUGAAAUACGACAAUCCAGUGUUGGUGACUAGGCAUCCGGAGAAGAAACCACCAUCUGAGGCAUGGGAAGGAAAGUCCGCAUCUGGCAUUCUGUCACCUACACAGCCUGCAGGAAGAGCAAAGUCAGCUGUAGCACAGAGUGCUCAAAGUGUUAAGGAAACAGAAGAAAUACUUAAUGCCAUACUACCUCCUCGGGAAUGUGAGGAGAAUGGCCAGCUUUGGAGACAGCAGGUCUCAAGCACACCAGCAACUCGCCUUGAUGUUAUAAACUUACAAGAACAGCUGGAUAUGUUAUUACAACAGCGGCAGGCUCGUGAAUCAGGAAUAUGUCCUGUUCGUCGAGAACUGUAUUCACAGUGUUUUGAUGAACUGAUUCGACAAGUAACUAUCAAUUGUGCAGAACGUGGUCUGCUUCUGUUACGAGUGCGAGAUGACAUAAACAUGACAAUUGCUGCAUACCAAACUCUCUAUGAAAGCAGCAUUGCCUUUGGCAUGAGAAAAGCCUUGAUGGCAGAACAAAGUAAAGGUGAUCUUGAAGAGUUGGUUCAGACACUGAAAUCAGAAAAAAAAGAGUUGGAAAAGCAGGUUAUUGAACUCAGGCAAAAGGCAGAACAAGUAGAACGAAGGUCAAAGGAAAUGCAACAGGCUGAAGAGAAGAAACACACUGAAGAAGUUGAAUUUCUGAGAAAGACCAAUCAACAGCUAAAGGCUCAACUGGAAUCAGCCAUUGCACCAAAGAGAAAACGAUAAUCUUUUAAAAGCUGAUAAAUUUUAUUUUUAAUACAAAGAUUUUGUUGUUUUGUACAUUAAAUGACAAAUACUUUGUGGCAAAAACUUUUUUAUAUGGAAAAACUGUUACUUCAGCUCCAAUUUCUAUACAUAUAUUCAUGCCAAAGCAAGUUUUUUCAAGAGAAGUGAUUGUAAUAAAAAGAAAAAUGAACAUUUUUUUUAAAAAAAGUAAU